GACUGACUCACGUGACCCGAACGGUAAUCUGACCCAACAUGGCGGCUUUGGCCUGAGGCAACUCCUAUUGGUGUCAAAUUUGGUCCGAAAAAAGCCUGUAUUCAGAGCCUUGCCUUAGCGGGAACAAAAUCACAGCGUGAGAGGAACAGUCGCGGAUUGUGCACCGAGAUUUUGAGGUUUGGCUUCUCCAUUUUGAUGAGUAGCUGGUAACUGGGACGUAUCGGUGCCAUGACAACCAACAUCGCCUCCACGAACAUGACGACCGACGCCAGCGAGAUGCUCGCCGCCGCGCUGGAGCAAAUGGACGGCAUCAUCGCCGAUUUUGUUGAAAAAGACCUAGCGAACGAGGAAAGCAAGCCACGGCCGGAAACAACACCAUCACCCUCACCCAGCCCAGAGCCUUCCGACAAACCACAGGAAGAAACCCCCAAAGUUAACUUGUCCGAGCCCCUCGUGGAAAACAACAACAACACCUCCUCGGCCGGUGUUCCAGGUUCAAAGACGGAGUUCUUCAACGGCGUCAUCGAGCCUCGGUCUCCGCAGUACACCGCCGAGCCGUCCAAUGAGGUGCUGACGUUGUUGGACGGCGCCAAGUCGUUGUUGGAGACGAUGGAAGAGAACGACCAGGACACGGUGAUGUCACAACUUCCGGAAGGCACCAGAAAUUACCUGACGCAGUGGUUACGGCCCAACAACUCGGAAACAAAGACGACCAAUGGCCAUGCCUAUCCCAGCGACGGUUAUGAAGAAAAAAUCCAGAAGUUGGAAAAUGACAAGGAGAGUCUCAUUCUUCAGGUGAGUGUGCUGACAGAUCAGGUGGAGGCUCAGGGAGAGAAGAUCAGGGAGCUGGAAAAUGGCAUGGAGAGCCAGAAGGACCAACAGGCUGACACGGAGGAGAUGCUGCAGCAGGAAAUCCUGGCCAGAAGUUCCCUGGAGACCCAGAAGCUGGACCUGAUGGCUGAGGUCUCCAACCUGAAGAUCCAGAUGGCUUCUCUGGACAAGGAACGCGCAGACCUGGAGGACAAGAACCAGACAGCACAGUCCCUUUUGAAUGAGAUCGCUGAACUGAAAAAUAAGUUAGACGCCUCGGAAGAAAAAUGCGCAGAGUUUGAGCAGAAAAAUAAGCAAACGCAGGCCAUAAUGGCCAAGCUGGCGAGCCUGAAGGUGAAGAUCUCCUCGCUGCAGUUCGAGCGCCAUGAAGUGGAGAAGAAGUACAAGCAGGCACAGAUGGAGGUGGCUACGCUGCAGUCCACGCUGAACGAGAGAGACUCGGAAGUGGAGGAACUAAAGGCAGAGAUGACAGAGAUAAAGAAACAACAAGAGGAGGAGAGAGAGAAGGAAGAAGAGAAGAAGACAGAUGAAGGAGACAGUGAGAAAGUAAAAAGGUUGAAAAAGCAGAUGGUGGAAAAACAAGAGGAAUACAACAAUCUGAAGAGAGCUGUGGAGUCAUUGAUGCAGGCAAAUGAAGAGAAGGACAUAAAGAUUGAGGAACUGAAGUCCAGUCUGAACCGGUACAAGCGGGUACAGGACAUGGUCCUGAGUGCCAGUUCCCCCGGUAGGAAAGAUGGAGCUCCAGGGGAAGAGGUUGACCCUGUCGUGACCCCACCUACCCCUCCUGAACAGGAACCCCUGGAGGAGACCCUGAAGGAAACACAGUCCUCCUCCAUGCCUUCCCUCAGUAAGCAACCUACCGACGCCCCCAAGCAGGCAGAGGAGUACUCUACUCGCUCACUGCCUCGCCUGUACAAAAGGCCUGUAGUGUCCAAACCACCUCCCUCCCCACCACCGCAACAAAGAAUUGCUAAGAAGGAUGUAAGAUACUUAAGGCUGUUCCAGCAUCGGGGUUACCACUCCCUGCCACGCCUGAGGAAGGAUCCCACGCCCAAGCCAGCCAUGCCAGACCCUGCCUUCACAUCCACCCCUAUCAACACUAACAACACUGGGGAGCAGCUCAGUAUACAGGAACUAGGUACAGACACGUCCCAUGAAGGCCAGGUUCCCAGCACCAUUAACGAGACGCCGCAGACUACGGUAGAUGCCAUCGAGGCUGAUCAGGUGGAGAAGGAACCCGCCAUGGAGUCCCCGCCCAAACCUCCCCGCCUCCGACCUCAGGCAAGGUCGUCCAGUCUGGAGGAGAUCAAGGUCAUCUCAGACUCAGAAAAGAGUCCCCCGCCCCAGAGCAGGUUCAACACGCUGCCUCCCAAGCAGAAGCCUCCACAGCAGCAGGAGCCAGGCCUGAUCACCAGGAAGGGGAGGGGACUGGGGUCCUUCGGGAAAGGGUUCCUCAAGAUGCGGGGAGGCAACAAGAGCACCAGUGCACCUAAUCUGUCUCAAACUGAGGCAGGGUCAGACAGUGAGCUGGACGGAAUCUCCGCCCACCGGGCUCAGCCAAUCAAGAUGGAGGGAGACGAGAGGUUCGGCUACGAGCCCAAGAAGAGAGGAAAUACCAUCACCAGAUUCUUUGGCAGGUUGAAGAGAAGUGCGUCCACGACCUUUAACCCUGACCGUGAUGUAGAGUACGAGGAGCCGUCACCGUUCAGACGAGGCGGGCGAUACCGCGCCACCGCCGGACCGAGGCUCGGCUGGUCACGCGACCUCAAGCCCACCACCAGGGAACAUAGUGACAGUGAGACUGCCACAGCUAAACGGAGCCCGACCUCACCCACUGGAAAGGCUGAUUGGAACAGGCCAUUCUCCCCGACACGAAAACAGCUGAGGGGGGAAACCUGCGACCUUGACACGCCCUUCGCUAAGUGGGACCCAGACCAGGUGUGUCAGUGGCUGCAUGAGCAGGGGCUGGGCAUGUACGUGGGGAACGCCAGGCACUACGUUAAGCGGGGAGAGACUCUGCUCAGGUCCUCACCACACGACCUGGAGAGGGAGCUGGGCAUUAAGAACUACCUGCACAGGAAGAAGCUCCAGCUGGCUCUGCAGGCCAUCGGGUCAGAAGACACCAGUAAGAUGGGGGAGCUGGACCACAACUGGGUCACACGGUGGUUGGACGAUGUUGGCUUACCCCAGUACAAGGACCCCUUCAAUGAAGCAAGGAUUGAUGGGAGAAUGCUGAACUACAUGACUGUGGAUGACUUGUUCAAGUUGAACGUGACCAACGUUCUGCACCACCUCAGCUUCAAACGUGCCAUCCAGGUGCUGCGGCUGCAGAACUUUGAGCCCAACUGUCUGCGCAGGAGACCUACGGAGGAGACGUGGCAGAACGGAGCGGAGGUGAUGCUGUGGACGAACCACCGCGUCAUGGAGUGGCUGCGCUGCGUGGACCUGUCGGAGUACGCCCCGAACCUGCGCGGGAGCGGCGUGCACGGCGGGCUGAUGGUCCUGGAGGCCAAGUUCAACGCGGAGACGCUGGCCCACCUGCUAAGCAUCCCCCCCAACAAGACAUUACUGAGGAGACACCUCAGCACACACUUCACCCAGCUGGUGGGGGCGGAGAUCCAGAGGUACAAGAGAGAACACCAGGAGGGGCCAGGCUACAUCCCCAUCAAGGCUACUGACAAGAUGAAGCCGAGAAAGCGUUCGUUCAGCUUCACCCGUAAGAGUCGCGGGCAGUCGCAUGACUACGUGUGUCCCAUGGACUGUGACUUCCCGGUGGAGCUGUCCCCCGGGCGAGGACAGCCGGGGUUCCGCGGGGAGGUCCGCGCCGCUAACCUGCAGCACCGACAGGAACCCGUGAACGACGACCUGGACCAGGAGGUGCCAGAGAUUGAUGAACAGGCAGUGCAACAGAUUGGAGCCUUCUCAGCUGAGAUCAACACUCUGACUAAUAUGCUGAGUGAUGACAACUUCAGUCCAUCCUCCGGGGCCUCAGAUGCAUGAAGAGCUCAUAAUACAGUAACGCCUUAGUCCUAUAAUUAUAUAAUCCAGAAAUGCAGGCAGUUCCUUACACUCUUAUUGUGUUUUAAUGUUAAAGUAACUGUUGAAAGAAUGCUCUCUGUAUGAUGUAUGCCAAAUCAUGUGUACUUAAGCCUAAGUCUAGGCAAAUGUCUUACAAAAGAUACAUGCACCGUAACCUUGCAUAUAAGGCUGUCACAAAAAUGCCUUCUUACGGCUAACUUGUCAGUAAGCAUCUGAAUUCUACAGUACUCAUCAGAGCCAUUCUUCUGUUGUGUGAUUCUACAAUAACAAGGAUAUAGACACCAACAGCUGCAAUAACUGGGUCUAGCCCAUCUCUACAACAAAGCACAAACUUCUAAAGGCAUACGCCUCUUAUUUUGUCCUUACAGAAGCCAACUUUUUUUUAUCUCUGCACAUGACAAGUUCUUGUGUCUACCAGCUCAUUCGCACACAGUACACAUGUUACAGUAUUAUGUCUUUGUCAGGGUAUUUUGAUAUUUAUGAAUGUGUAACCUUGUUGUGUAUAUGUAUAUGUAUCUAUAUCUGUUAUUUAGGUUGCCUGGUCAUGUGCAAGUAAGUGUUUUGCUGAAAUGCGGACCCCAGCUAACACAGUAUUUUGAUAGACGCAUUAUGUACUAACCAAUUCUAACAGCGACAAAGCACCUGUGCUGAAAGGAAAAAAAAAUUCUCACUAAGUAGUUGCCCGUAGUAACAGUUGCUAGCUGCUGCUACAGUGCAAGAUAGCAAUAUGCCUGAAACGUCACAAAAUGCAGUCAAAGUUCAUGACUUUUUAUAAAAGCCAACAUGUGCCUCACUGCUAAGUGCUCAUUAGAUUAACUCCCAGGAGCAAGUAGCUGAAAAUUUUGCAAUAAUGUAAAUAGAUGACCUGUUAAAUCGUUAGGGAUAGAUGUCAAAGGUUGGGUCAGAGUUGAUGUAAGUGCCAUACAUUGUAUAUCCUCUAAAUGGAGAGCCACACUCUACAGUUUGUAGGAUAUUGUAGUUUCUUAGUCUUUUUUUUUGUAACCGAUAUUUGUUUAAAAUGUGUAACUACUUCAGUGUAUUUGUAUAGCUUUAGUACUAAUAAUAUGUGUCAGUUGAUAAUAAUAUGGCAGUAUUAUACUAGUAAUCAAAGAGGUUGCAUAGAUUGAAGUUUCUUGGACAUGUCCCUUUGCGGGCUAAUGCUAUACAGUAAUAAACGGUGUGUUUCCAUUAUACAGAAUGAACAUAGCACAAAACAUAAAGCAAUGUCCAGCGACAGUGAAAAUUAAGCAUUGGUGUUUAAGUAAGGUGUAUGUAACCAAAUGUUGUAAGACUAUUAUUACGAUUCUAUAUUACGGUAAUGUUAUGCAUGCUCGGAGUGAGUCCGUUUGUAAAAGGUAUUUUGAUAUGCAGCUGUUUUGCAUUCAUUUUAUCAAAGGAAUUAAUGAUAUUUGUUAUAGUUGUUUUGUUACAUUGUUGUACUAGGCAGACUUUUUUCUCACCAUUUUUACCAACACAAGGGCUCAUGUGGGUUAACUAGUAUGAUCAUGAGUUGGACUAUACAUCACUACUGAGGCCUACUAAAGAUUGUUGUGUUUCUGAGUUCCAGACUUACCCAGAAAAACCCGCUGGCCCUAGCCUUUUUUGGGGUCGGCUGCUGGAAAGGCCAUUAAGUUUUCCAGCUGACAUAUGAAUUUUAAACCCUCUGAAACGUUACCUCACACAAUUUUUAUUGAGUAAAUCAGGUGAAAUAUUUGCCCUUUCUACACAGGCAAACAUAGGGACAGGUCCUGGAGACAGUCCUGCUCCUGAUGCAGUUCAGUUUUACAUUGUGAUUUGUUCGAUCACUUCAGCCAAAAUCUAAGAAAAAUAUAGAGAAAAGAUAAAGAAAAGAGGAUCCUUACCUACCGGCUGUAAUUUUUUUGAGACUGGAAACCAGAAACACAACAUAAUUUUUCCUAGGUACAGCCAUAAAUCUUGCAUGUCUACGUCAUGAAACUGAAUCAUAAUGAAAAUCUGGACAAUGAAGAAUUUCAAUGUUCAAAUGUACCCGGAAGUCCAACAGUCCAACAAGAAGUUUGUCUCUUGUCAGGCAUCGCAUGGGAGGUUGGGUCUCUUUGUAGAUGUUCAGGAUCAUGAGUAGUUUGAAAGUAUUUGGACAUACCGAUAGGCGAGAAUUGUAAUCACAGUAUGUAUUAUAAGUUAUUACAUCCUUGUAGGAUAUCCAGAAAGACUUAUCGAGAUGUCAUGGUAUCGUACCACUGACAUCCUUGACAGAGUGGCACAGUAUAACUACCUUCUCCAUAUAGUGUAAAAACAGUGCAUCAAAAUUGUUUUUAAUAGACCGUCUAUACGUAAGGCAAUUUAAAAUCACAGUGGUAAGGUAUCAGCCCUUUGUAACAAUGGCCAUACGGCUUGACAGUAUAAUCCACACAGUUCUUGACAUUUUCUCCUCAUGUUUAAUGCAUUUCUAAUCACUCUUUUACCGAAUACUACAUUAAUAAAGUUUAUUUUGUACUAGUA